CUCCAAAAUAGGGACCGGCCCCGGACCGGCGCGUGUGUUGAUCAUCGAGAUAAUGACUUGUGUACAACCAUUUGAGAGCGAGUGAUAGAGCAUAUAGGUUCAGCAACGCAUUGUCUACAAAAUUCUCCUUCUAGUCUACAAGUGUAUCCAUAAUCAAGCUCUCUCUUUUCUACAGAACCUCGUCUCCCUCCGAUCCUCAUCAGUUUCAUCCGCAUCCAGACGUCUCCGCUCCCACACCACUGCACAUCUUCAACUGCUGCCCGGACCAAGAACUAAAACCAACUACGGUGACAGAUCCUUCUCAGUUAUUGCCCCGAAGCUCUGGAACAAUCUCCCCAUUAAUACUAUUUCAGAACACAGAACCACUGUAGGAUAUGAUGUCUUCAUGGAUGAGGGCCAUUUUUAACGUGCAACAAGCACCUGAGAAACUGGGAGAUGUUGAAGAGGAUGACAGACCACAUUUCACGAUUCCUUACGAGUACAAGGGCAUACAGUACCCAGGAGUCGUGCUACGAUCAAGCAUCGAUGCAAUGGAAAGUUUCGAAGUCCGUCCCGAUGACGUCUUCGUCCUAACAUUUCCGAAGUCAGGUACUCACUGGUUGAUGGAGAUAACCGGACUCGUUCUAACCGGCGGAUAUCCGGAGAAAAUUAACCGGAGUACUUGGGGAUGCAUGGAAAUGAUCAACAUCCAUGCCGUCCAGUUGCCCAAGACAAGGGCCGAAGAACUGACUAAUCCGGUUACGCCGAGUCCACUGUUAGAUGAGAUAGUGAGAGCGCCUUCUCCGAGAGUUAUAAACAGUCAUUUGCAGUUCAAGUUUUUGCCACCAAACUUGCACAAACGAGCUAAGAUUAUAUACGUGGCUCGCAACCCCAAAGAUGUAGUCAACUCCUAUUACAAUUUCGUAGGGGAUACUCGGGCUUUCCAGAACAAGUCAUUUGACCAAGUUGUCGAGGAUUUCAUGGAAGGAGAUAACUUCAGGUAUGGUUCUUGGUUUGAUCACGUGAUGGAUGCAUGGAAGAUUCGAGACGAAGAGAACAUACUCUUUCUUUUCUUUGAAGAAGUGAAAAAGAAUCCGAUCAAGUCUAUAAAACAAGUCGCUGAUUUUCUGGGACGCCCUCUCUCCGAAGAAGUACAACAGCGAAUAUUGGAGCAGAGUUCUUUUGAGGGAAUGGCGCAAACUUACAAGAAGCUGGCAGACGAUGCAGUAAAAAGCGGAAAGUCGGACCCAACACGGAUCGACGGAAAACGGGGAUUCAUGAAGAAAGGUACGAGUGGACAAUGGAAAACUCGUUUUACGGUAGCUCGAAACGAGGCAUUUGACAAAUGGUAUCAAGAAAAAUUUGUAGGAACUGCUCUUAGAUUCAAAUUCGAGUAAUGAACAGUAUAAAGGAGGUGGAAUGGGCUCCAAGAGGGUGCAAUAAUACAGUGGGGACAUACAUUAUAAUAGAUUCAUGUCCUGUAGGUUAUAGACUGAAAAUUAUAACCUCUUAUACAAAACAACUUCAAAUGAAUUUUGAAAUUUGGCACGAAUGAUCAUGACGACAAUGGUCAUUUUGAUGUUUUGGAUCAUUCAUACAUAGGCGUUCUGUAUGUUUUGUUCCUCGACUGAAUAGGCCAGUGGCGGACAGAUGGGGAGGGGGCACUUGCCCCUAGAUAUUUUACGCCCAAGAAAAAAAGAGAAAAGAAAAGAGAGAAGGCCCAAAUAAUAUUUUCUAGGUAUUAGGUCAAAAUCUAUAACAAAAUUGAAUUUCGAAAUAAAAAUGUUGAAACUUUUGUUCGCUCACUACAUUCUCUCACAUUUUUUUUUAAUGGUGCCCAGUACACCUUAUCCAGUCCCCUCAGAAUUGUUUGUUCAUUACGCCACUGUAAUAGUCCCCUAUUUGUGGUAGGCUUGUGCAUUGUGUUAUUGAAGAUGGCUGUUUCGUUAGGCAUUCUACUUGGUACAUCGUCUUCCUGUACUAAACAAGUCGAUUUCCAAAGUUUUAGCAACUUGUCAUCAUGUCUUCAUAUGCACCAAACAAGUCGACUUAACUCGUCAUCAUGUCUUCAUGCACCAAACAAGUUGACUUAACUCGUCAUCAUGUCUUAAUGUACCAAACAAGUCGACUUAACUCGUCAUCAUGUCUUCAUAUGCACCAAACAAGUCGACUUAACUCGUCAUCAUGUCUUCAUGCACCAAACAAGUUGACUUAACUCGUCAUCAUGUCUUCAUGCACCAAACAAGUCGACUUAUCUCGUCAUCAUGUAUUCAUGCACCAAACAAGUUGACUUAACUCGUCAUCAUGUCUUCAUGCACCAAGCAAGUCGACUUAACUCGUCAUCAUGUCUUCAUAUGCACCAAACAAGUCGACUUAACUCGUCAUCAUGUCUUAAUGCACCAAGCAAGUCGACUUAACUCGUCAUCAUGUCUUCAUCAUCAUGUCCCAAACAAAUCGACUAUCCAAAUUCCAACAACUCGUCAUCUAGUCUUACUAUCCCAAUCAUGCCGACUUUCCGAGUUCCAACAACGAGUAAUAUUGUCUUAUUGUCCCAAACAAAUCGGCUUUCCAAUUUCCAACAACUCGUCAUCUUGUCUUAUUGUCCCAAAAGAAAUCGACUUGCCGAGUCCCAACAACCCAUCUUCUGAUCGUCUUAUCUCGCCAUCUGGUUGGCACUUAAAAGCUCAUCAUAUCAGAAAAAAUUAUACGGGAAUGUGAUUUUGGAAAUGAAGGUGACCUAAUAUUUAUGACCUCUCUUCUUUCGUCGUUGCGGUAUAGGACCUACA